AUGACAGCUAUCCGGCGCCGAAACACCGAUAGACACCCAGACGAAAGAGCCAUGGCGGCCACGGGUGGAGGGAAAAUUAGAAGCAGGAGAUAUCAUAUCGCCUCUAAACCUUACGCCAAGAGUAAACAGCAACAGUCAGGCCUCAUCAGUCGUGUGACAGACACAGUAAAGAGCAUCGUUCCUUCCUGGCUGCAGAAAUACUUCAAGAAUGAAGAUGCUCCUGAAGGAGGAGGGGCUGUACUAGGGACAGACCAGAACUGCCAGCCACCACCACCACCUCCUCCUCCUAAUGGCAGCGAAGAGGGACCUCCUCCCCUUGAUGGACGUGACUCACCAGAGCCUAGCACUAGUAACACAGAGCCCUCAACCAGCCGGGCGUCUCUAAACUUUCAGGAGUAUGUGCUUUCUCGACCUCCUCUGAGUCGCUCCCACCUCCACUUUGCUCCACUGGAUGUCUCCUCUCCGACCCUGGGGGCCUCCAGCGGCCUCUUCUCCCAACCCUCAACCUCCUCAGCUCCUGGACCCUUUUCCACAGGCUUCUCCUUGGUCAAAGAAAUCAAGGACAACCUCUCGCAGCAUGAAGAUGAUAACAUCUCCACCACUAGCGGCUUCUCCUCCCGCGCCUCAGACAAAGAUGUCCCCACCUCCAAAACAGCAUCACUUCCCCAACUUUGGUCCCCGGAGACAGACAGAACACUCUCUGGGUCUCAGCCUGCCCAGUCCAGUCUGAAAAGGCCUGCUUUCAACCUGUCUGUGUUUGGAACUUCUUCCAAUUCGUCGUUAAACAGCACAGUGUUAAACUCCAGCCAGCUUGGAGAUUCACCCUUCUAUCCCGGGAAGACCAUGUACGGUGGGGCAGCUGCAGUUAGGAGCUCCCGUGCUCGUCCUGGAACACCGUACCAGGCCCCAGUGAGGAGACAGAUCAAGGCCAAGCCUGCUUGUGCUCAGCCCUGUGGGGUGACCAGCGCCACAGCCAGACGCAUCCUGCAGUCCUUAGAGCGCAUGUCGAGCCCGCUGGCUGAUGCCAGGAGAAUACCAGCAGCAGCCUCAUCCCCCCUGUCAGCAUCAAUGGAUGGCACAAAUCUAGAUGUUUCACACUUUCAGUCGAAAAAGAAACGAAUGGAGUCCACCCUCCCACCAGUGCAGAAGCUGGUGGUUCCUGCUGCAGUGUCUGUGUCAGGAAACCGCUCUAUGUCCUUCAGGCCUACAUUAACUCCUGGAGGAUCCAGUCGAAGUUAUGACAGGACCCCAAGAGAGACGCCCACAAGACAAUCACCGCAACUACCUGAAGCAACCCCAGGUCCAUCUCAAAGCACAAUGGGUUCCAGUGGCCCAGCCUAUCCUCUGUCCAGCACGCCUGCAGCCAGCAGCAUGGGCUCUGGAGGGGGCAAGAUAAAACGAGAGAGGACCAGUACAAGGCCUUCCUCUAAACGCCCUGAAGAGGAAGAGGUGGCUGAGGUACCGGACUUACCAACCAUUUCACUUCCCAUCAGCACCAUGCCCACCUUUAGUUUCUCCUCCCCUCUUCCACCUCUCGCCACCUCCACCACCAUCAGUAACACCCCUACUCUCACGCCUGUGACUCCUGCUAAGGAAACGGUUGCAAAUAAGGAGCCACCGACAGCCUCGACACCUCCCUGUGUACCUUUUACAUUUUCCUCCCCCAUUGUCAAAGCCACUGCUGCUAGUCCUCCUUCCUUUUCCCCCUCGGCUGGAUUCACUUUUAGUGCACCUGUAGCCAUGUUAGGUCCCUCCAUGUCAAAUGGGAAGCUGGCCUCUCCCAUAGUGGCAGCAGUGAAGUCAACAACAAGCAAAAGCACAGAAGAUUUUGAAGGACCUUUCAAACCAGCCAAGACCCUGAAGCAGGGCAGUGUGCUGGAUCUUCUCAAAGCACCUGGCUCUGCCUCUCCUGUUGCUCGGACUUCACCAGGCCUGGACAACGCCCUGCUACAGACCUCCACACAAUCCACAGCCCCCAUCUCCACCACCACAACCACCUCCUCCCUUUCUUCUUCAGUAGGGUUUGCGGAUGUGUUUAAAGCCCCACCAGGCUGGAGCUGUGACGUCUGCAUGGUGCAGAACAAGCCAUCAGACACCAAGUGUGUUUGCUGUAUGGCCCCACAGCCCAGUUCCUCUUUAUCCAUAUCUGUGGACAGUAAACCUUCAGCCACCACCUCGGUGGGGCUAGAGAGCAGCAGCACUAGCACCACCUCCGCCACUACAACCAUAGCAGGUUUUGGAGCAGCGUUCUCCCAACUUGCAGGAACUUGGGACUGUGAUACGUGUCUUGUUAUAAACAAACCUGAUGCAGUAAAGUGCGUGGCCUGUGAUACGGCCAAACCCGGGACAGGUCUUAAACCCUCACUGACUCUUCCCUCUGCCUUCUCAGCUGUUAAGACUGUAUCCACACCCACAGCCCCUGUUUCUACAGGGUUUACUGGAUUUGGUGACAAGUUCAAAAAACCUGAGGGUGCAUGGGAAUGUGAUACGUGUUGUGUAGAAAACAAGGCAGAGGAUACAAAGUGUGUGGCCUGCACAACCCCUAAACCAGGCACUUCAGGUGGAACCCCGUCUGCAGCUGGAGCCUCUUCUGCAGCCAGCAUGGCUCCAGCGUCAGGGUUUGGAGACAUGUUCAAGAAGCCAGAGGGUGCCUGGGAGUGUGAUGUCUGUAUGGUACAGAAUAAGGCCACUGAUGUACAGUGUGUUGCCUGUCAGACAGCCAAACCUGGAGCUGUCGUGGAGCCCAAAGCUGGUGGGACUUCAGGCUCUAGUUCAGGAGGUUUCAAGUUUGGCACCUCAGACAGUACCUCAGGAACUGGAGGCUUUAAGUUUGGCACAUCAGACAGUACCUCGGGAUCUGGAUCUGGAGGUUUCAAGUUUGGCACAUCAGACAAUACCUCGGGAUCUGCAUCUGGAGGUUUCAAGUUUGGAGGCUCGUUGACGGAGCCCUCCUCUUCAUCAUCAGGUGGAUUCAAAUUUGGAGUCCCAUUUGGAAGCUCCACAUCAGAAACCACUUCUAAAGACACUACUGUUUCAUCAGGGUUCAAAUUUGGCAGCUCAUCUGAGAGCUUUAAAUUUGGGGCUUCCUCUAGUGAUGACAAAAAGUCCGACCAGCCCGCUGCAGGUUCUGGGUUUAAGUUUGGAGCCAGCAGUGGGAUAGCAUUUGGUUCUGGAUCAUCUAGCACAGACUCCUCUAAGGGCGGCUUCACCUUUGGACUGUCAAAACCCGAAGAGAAAACAUCAGACACCACCACCUCAUCCUCUGUUAGUCUCAUUCCUCCUGCUUCCUCUCAAGAGAAAAGUGACAGUGCAGCAUCAUCAAAUGACACCACAUCCACAAACACCAUCUCAACCACAACCACCACCACCACUGGAUCUGUAUUUGGGAGACUGGGUGAGCCAACUUUGGCAAUCACCACACCACAAAGCGGCUCUACGUUUGGUUCCUUGCAGGCAGACAAAGAGCCAGCUGCUCCCACUUUUGCUUUUGGGAAGCCAGAGGAAAAGAAGGAAGCUGCUGCCUCCUCUGCUCAAUCUGCCUUCCUCUUUGGUGCUGCUAGUAAAGACGCAGAUGCUGCACCAGCACCUGCCCCCUCAGGAGGCUUCUCCUUCAGUAAGCCCAUUGCUCCAACAGAACAACCUCCACCUGCUUUUAACUUUGGCAAGCCAGCAGAUAAGAGCGAAACAUCUACUGCAGAGGCCCCGAAGCCCUCUUUCACCUUUGGACAAAGUGCUACAGAUUCCUCUGCUGCUCCAAAACCAGCAUUUACCUUUAUGGCUACUAAUCCCACCAGUACCAUUGACUCCACCACCUCGUCAUCCACCACCCCGACCCCCAGUCUGUUCGGCACCACCACCACCACCGCCGCCACCAGCAGCAGCAGCAGCAGCAGCAGCUCCACUCAGGCUCCCGCUCCUUCUGCAGCUCCUAGCACUUUCAUGUUCGGUCAGCCUGCUGCGACCUCCAGUGAUGCUCCAGCUAAAGGCUUUGUCUUUGGUCAGAGUCAGGACAGCCAGCCGCCUGCCCCAUCAGCUGCUCCUCUGAACUCUACUCCAGCCCCAGCCCCAGCUCAGCCCUUCAUCUUUGGUGCUCCUGCCAGUGCUGCUCCUCCUCCUGCUGCUGCUGCUGCUCCAUCGUUCGGCUUCGGAGCAACAGCACCCUCUGCUGCCUCAUCUGCAGCUCCAUCUGCAGCUCCCUCUCCUUUUGCAUUCAGCACGGCCCCCUCUGGUGGAUUCGGGGCCAACCAGACUCCUUCAUUUGGUUCAUCCUUUGGAUCUCCCUUCACAGCCACACCUUCCCAGCCCCCAGCCUUUGGAGCAAAACCAAACUCCACCCCUGUCUUUGGACAGCAGACAAACUCCACACCUGUAUUUGGGGCGGCUGCUAAUUCUGCACCAGGUGGAGGCUUUCAGUUUGGAGGAGCCAGUGCAUUUGGAGCCACAAACAACACCUCAGGAGGCGUGUUUACUUUUGGAGCAGGAUCAGCAGCUUCUCCUGCCCCCCCUGCCAACCCCUCCAUCGCACCACAGUCAGGACCACCUGGAGGUGGAUUCAAUUUUUCACAACCCCCUGCAUUCAAUAUUGGGUCAACGAAGGCCUUCACCUCCACCCCUGGUGGACAGCAAGCGAUUGCUGGGCGCAAGAUCAAGACAGCGGUGCGGCGCAGGAAAUAGACCCCUGUGGACUUGACUAUAAAGCAGACUCGACUUUGACUUGACUAUGUCCCCACUGAAGGCUGAAUAAAGUCCUAGAAGGUCUCAGCUAGACAAACACUGAAAUUACUGGAGAGGGGCCGAGGCCUGGGGCCACUGUGUGCUUGGGCUAAAUGGGUGGGCGUGUUUUAGCUGAAGGCUGGGCUGAUUAUUCAGAGGUUUUCACAUGUAGACCGGAGCCGUUAAUAUGUGAGACUAACCCCACAAGACUUCACAUGAAAAACUGUUGACUGAACAAUGACACUGACUUAGAAAACAACAAUCAAGCAAGGACCCCUGCUCAACAU